AUGCGGCCGACCGACGUCGAGAUCCGACAGUACGCAGCGAGGAAGAGGCCGGCAUCGGGGGCAGGACCUUCGCGUCUGCCGAAGAAGCCCACCCCAGCGGUGCCGACCGUCGAGGCAUCGACGAUCGACCAGUCGGAGCCGGUGAUAGCACUCGCGGCUCCGGCAGCGCAACCGGAGGAGAGGCCGGCGGAGGAAGCGGCGGAAGGAACAUCGGCGGUUUCGCCGGCAGGUGUGGCGCCGGAUGAUGAUCAGGAACCCGAACAUCAACCAACGGCAUCUGCAGCCACAACGGGGGGUGCCGCGUCAAACUCGAGCAUCCCCUCCCUGCCGGUUCCGCCGGUCGGGGUGGCCGAUCGGGGAAAGGCCCCGAUGGACCCUGCGGACGAUACGAGGUCGGGGAGUCGGACUGUGCCGCCCAGCGCUCAGUUCCCCGAAGAGCUGGACCUCAGCGGUAUCGUUCCGUCGGGAGCCGAGGAUCAAGCCACGGAAGAGAUGGCCGACCCGUCGUCGGGAGGCAUCGCCGUGGCGGAAGAGGCCGUCCAGGAACAAGUUGCCAAAGGAGAGACGGCUGCGACUCGUGACCCAUUGCCGACUGCCAGUCCCUUGCCGACCAACGACCCUGCUUCGACCGUCGACCCAGUGUCGAUCGCGGUGGACACGCCGGUCAUCCCCGACCUUCCAUCGGUCGAGGAGAUUGACUCAGAAGGAUGA